UUUCUUUUUCUUUUUCUUUUGUUGUCUGAGAGUAAUGGCGACGCUACGAAAUCCCUUGUUCGUUCGCCUUCUCCGAAGAGAAAACAAAUAAUAAUAAAUAAACAUCUAGGUUUGGAUUGAGGAUACUGAUUUCGAUUCGGUCCUCUUUCAGCUCGGGUUCCUUGGAGCUCGAGAGUCGCGAUCUUGAAUCUGCUCGUGGAUCAGAGCAUUUGUACAGGAGUUGUGAUUUCCAAUUUAGAUAGAAGAAUUAACGGAAUUUUUAAACAGGCUUCAUGCUUAUGCUGAAUUUUUCACAUCGCCCAAGUGGCACGAGCACUGUUUGGCUUAUAAUAGACUGUUAAAAAUUUACAAUGUUGGUGGCUUGCAUUUCUGUGAAGGAUAAGUUUUUUUUCAAAAUAUUAGUUCAUUGAGAGUAUCACAACAACACUCUCUGAACCACAUGGGCAGUUCACGGGGAAAAACAAAAUCUUCAAAGCAAAAAGAGGUCAACACUGUUGUCGAAGAUCCUAAAACGGCGAAGGCUUCUGAGCACAGAAUUGAUGUAGGAGAUGAGCGCUCUGAUUUGUUGGGCUAUGAUGUUUUCUCUGGAAAGCUGUCCCUUGUUAAAAAGUCUAAAGGUUCAAGUGCUGAUAAGGAAAGGGGGUCUGCAACUGCAAACAUGGACAGCAGUGAUGCCAAACUUUCAAGCAAAGCACUGGUUUGGGGAUCUCAAAUGCUGUCGCUCGAGGAUGUUAUAUCGGUAUCGUACAGUGCUGGUCUACGACAUUUCACUGUGCACUCAUAUCUUAAGAAAAAAUCACGACUUACAUGUAUUUUUAAGCCACAAAGGAGUCAAAAAGAUUUUUGUUUCUUAGCAUCUAGUCCAGAAGAAGCCAUUCAGUGGGUCAGUGGCUUUGCAGACCAGCAGUGCUUUGUGAAGUGCGUACCUCAUCCCAUGGUCUCUUCCAAGAAGUCCUCUGACUUAGUCACGAGCAUUCCAUUCUAUGAUCAACCACCAAUAAAAUGUAAAAGCCCACCAAGAGUUCUUGUGAUACUGAACCCUCGAUCAGGGCAUGGUCGUUCUAGUAAAGUUUUCCAUGGAAAAGUGGAGCCGAUAUUUGAGCUUGCAGGUUUCCAGAUGGAGGUGGUCAAAACUACAGCUGCGGGUCAUGCACGCGAACUCGCUGCUAGUGUUGAUAUCAGCACAUGUCCUGAUGGAAUUAUAUGUGUUGGUGGCGAUGGGAUUAUAAAUGAGGUUCUAAAUGGUUUACUCAGUAGAGAUAACCAGAAAGAAGCAAUUUCAAUUCCUUCUGACAAUUCACUAGUUUGGACUAUUUUGGGAGUACGAGAUCCAAUUUCUGCAGCAAUGACUAUAGUGAAGGGGGGUCUCACUGCUACGGAUGUUUUUGCUGUUGAAUGGAUCCAGACUGGGAUCAUCCACUAUGGCACAACAGUCUCAUAUUUUGGUUUCCUCAGUGAUGUCUUGGAACUCUCAGAGAAAUAUCAGAAGCGCUUUGGCCCUCUUCGCUAUUUUGUUGCUGGAUUUCUUAAAUUGGUAUGCUUGCCUAAGUACAGCUUUGAUUUAGAGUAUCUUCCAAUGUUGGAGGAGGUAUCAGAUGAUAGACAGGUUAUGGAAGGUCAUGACAAGAUUGAUACAUCUGACCUUUAUACAGACACGACACAAAGGUCCGGCAGAGGCCUUCCUAAGGCUUCCAGUUUAUCUAGUAUUGAUUCAGUUAUGACUCCUAAUAAAAAGUCUGGGGACUUGGAUACAACUGAUAGUACACUGCCGAGUAGCGAACCAUCUGAGUUUGUUCGUUGCCUUGACCCUAAAUCUAAACGCCUAUCCUCAGCAAGGAGCAAUCUAGUUUCUGAACCAGAAGAAGUUAUUCACCCUCAACUUCCCUUGUCAACUACUCCAAACUGGCGGAGGACCAGAUCAAAGUCGCGGACUGACAAAGGUUGGGCUGGCCCAAAUACUACUAAUGACUCGAGGUCAUCAUGGACGGCUACAGCAAUGAAUGACAGUGAAGAUAUUUCCUCAACAAUCUCUGAUCCAGGGCCAUUCUGGGAUGCUGAGCCUAAGUGGGAUGCAGAGCCAAAUUGGGAUGCUGAGCGUAAUUGGGAAACAGGAAUUCAACUUUCAGGGCCGCCAGAUGACAUAGAGAAAGGGAUAGCUAGGGAGCUUGUCCCAAGGUUAGACCAGAAGUGGGUUGUUAAGAAGGGAACAUUCCUUGGUGUUUUGGUAUGCAACCAUUCUUGCAAGACCGUUCAGAGUUUAAGUUCUCAGGUCGUUGCUCCGAAGGCUGUGCAUGAUGACAGUGCUUUAGACUUGCUAUUGGUCCAAGGAAGUGGGAGAUUUCGGCUAUUAAGAUUUUUUAUCCUUUUGCAAUUUGGUCGGCACCUUUCACUGCCUUAUGUUGAAUACAUUAAGGUGAAAUCGGUGAAGGUCAGGGCAUCCAGAAACAAUAAUACUGGAUGUGGAAUUGACGGGGAACUUCUUAAAAUGAAUGGUCAACUCAUGUGUUCUUUGUUACCUGAACAAUGCAGACUGAUUGGGCGCCCUGCAAGAGAUCCUGUAUAACUUAAGAGACUGCAGAUUUUAUCUAAGGCGUCGUUCUUUUUUGAUACGCUAGGUCUUCUUUUCUUACAUUCAGAGGUUUCUGUAUAGUACGAGCUUGUCCACUGUCGCGAUGUAUUCUAUUCUUCUUUUUGCCUCUUCACCUGUGUAUCUUUUGCUUCUGCGGUCUGCAUCUUUUGUUGUAAAGUUUUGGGGAUUUCGUUUGUCUUCAGAUUUCUGAUGGAGAUGCAUGUACUAUAUAGGUUUUUUUUUCUUACUUUUAGAAUAUUGACAACAAUUCAUGUCCGGUUCAACAGAUGAAUGAGCAAAUUCAGAAGAAAGCGGAGUGUUAAUCGGUUGCAAAAUGCUUGGGGGCCUAUCAGGGACUGAUUCUUAUGAGGCUCGGGUGUUGACACGUGUAAGAAGUUCUAAGCCUUGCAAACACGAAAGAAGUGCCGGAUUAGUUUUCAAACGAAGUUUGUUCAAGCUUGCUACCCAGGAUCAGAGGAGGUAAAAUACUUGCAAACUGGUCUUACUUGCUUCACGAGCAAUCGCACUGACUUCCACUAAAGUCUAAAGCUAUUCGGAAGUUUUUAUUGAGCGUCUCACUAACAAGCGACAUCAGUCCCUUCUCUAGGAUUAUUGGUACCUGCUCAAGACCUUAAACAACGUCUUAAAGGGAUAGCACGUGUCAGGAGCCAAGGCGCAUCAAUAAUUCCGAAAAUAAAAAUUCCAACUCAGCGAAGUAUCUUCACACGUGUGGGUAUUAGAAUGGGCAGCAAGUACAAAUUGUAAGAAGGAAUUAUAUAUCAAAACACCUCAUUACCGUAGGGAAUGUAAAAUGGUCAUAAAAUGUUCAACCACGUUAUUUGUCU